GAGUCAAAAUGGAGGCUUAAGGCCUCCUAGAAAGCCUCGAACUUGGGCAAAAAACAGGACUUCCAGUCCCACUGGAAGAUGGCAAAUGGGCCGUUUCAGGCCUCUGGAGGGCCUCUGAGGGGGUGGGGAAGGCCAUUUUCGCCCUCCCCAGGCUCCAAGGAAGCCUCUGGAAGUUGCUGACUUGGAGAACCAAGGAGUGUGAGUUGGCUAGUGCGGAGAUUUCAUAGACCCAGCUGUCAAGGCUGACUCAAAUGUUCACCUACAUUCUUCCUGGCUCGCAGCUUGACAAAGAAUAGGGCGAUGGCGGAUUGGAAUGCAAGGGGGGGCGUGAGGGGGAGGAAUGGCCUCCAAUAUCAUGUCGGUUCCCGUGAGACAUUGCUCCCCGCCUCAAGGACACCCAGAGCUAUCGCUGGGUUCUCAAAACAAAAUGAACAGAAGUGAUUGGUGGGCAUAAUGGACUGUGGGUGGCCUGUGGGAAAAGGGAAAAUGAACUAUGCAUGCUUUUGCCCCGGGAAGCUGUGAGAAACGCACUCGCCAGUCAGAAAUUCGACAGCAUUGGAAGAAAUAAUCCAGCUGGAACUGGCUCGGCUCCAAGCUGGGAGAAAAAUACUGGAAACACGGAGACUGAUUGGAAAGAUGCUUUUAAUGACGAACAGAACCAACAGCAGUCCUGGGUCAGCUGACCAAUUGGCUUGAUUGAAUCUCUCCUUGUUCAGUUUCCAUCCAUUCUUCCUUGUCUGGCCUUCGGGUCCUUUGGAAAAUAGCUCAAAAGAGUUCAAGUUAAGUGCCAUGAAAACAGAUUGAAGCAGAUCAUGUUCCUUCACGUAUCUGAUCUUUGCUCUUGGAGAUAAAUGACAUCUUGUCCUUGUGAGACCCUUCUGCAGCCUCUUCGGUGCAGUUCAGCCUCUAAGAGUGAAAGCAACUUUGUAGAGAGGAGAGGGUUUUUUGUUUUGUUUUUUUUUUGGCCCUGGUGGAAACUACACUGGAGUUAUAAAGAUAAAAUGGAAGUCGAAAGGCCAGCAGGACUGGGAGCCUCAAACGGCCCCGCUGCCUUUGAGGAUGGGACCAGCAGCGUGUCGUGGAAAAGCACCAGGCAGAAGCUCCUGCAUGAAGAAGUUGUCAGUCCUGAUGUUCAUUGCUUGUUCUUCAGGAAUUUCUGCUAUCAAAAGGCCAAGGGGCCCAGGGAGGUUUGCAGCCAACUCCAUCAGCUUUGUCAUCAAUGGCUGAAGCCAGAAAGCAGCACCAAAGCUCAGAUGGUGGACAUGGUGGUGCUGGAGGAGUUUCUGGCUGUCCUGCCCCCAGAAAUGGAGAGCUGGGUGAGGGAAUGCGGAGCGAAGACUUGUUCCCAGGCAGUGGCCCUGGCCGAAGGCUUCCUCCUGAGUCAAGCAACGGAUGAGGGGCUAGUAGAGAAGCAGGUGCCAGAAGCGUUGAUGGAGAUGGUCUCAGCACAACCCAAAGAAAAGGAAGAUGGGUCCGUUUCUUCUCAGGAGCAUCUCUUUGGGAAGGUCUCUAAAGAGGAUCCAGCUGAGGUCACCUCCCUAUGGAAUGGAAAGGUGUUGGUGGUAACCUCUGAAACAUCUCCUGUUUGUGAUGAAGCCGAAACAGAAUUUGGGUCUCCAUCUCAGGGCUCAGUGUCCUUUGAGGAAGUGGCUGUGUAUUUUGUGGAGGAGGAAUGGGAGAUUCUGGAUUCUAACCAAAAAGCUUUGCACAGGGAAGUCAUGCUGGAAAAUUCUCAAAACGUGACCGCUCUGGCGGCCUGUGACCAGGAGACAGAAAAUUCUAAGGAGGUGAGCGCAGCACGGUUGCAAACGGCCCAGAACGAAGCGGAUGAAGAGAUGUUUGGAAAUCCAGAGGAAACGAACAGUAGUGAAAAAACCUGCGACAUAAAUGGAAGGCAGGAUUCCUACCCAUCGGGAGGCAUGGAAGCGCACGUCACCCCACCCGAAGAGUGUGGAGAGGGCGUCAGUGAGAGCAGUGACCUCACGAAGCACGAAGGAAUCCACAGCGGGCAGAAACCUUACGUAUGCGUGGACUGUGGAAAGAGCUUCUGGCAGAGAGCUCAGUUCAGGAUCCACGAAAGAAUCCACACCGGGGAGAGGCCAUUUAAGUGUGCCGAGUGUGGAAAGGGCUUCACGGUGAGAGGUCACCUGAUCAACCACGAAAGAAUCCACACCGGGGAAAAGCCCUUCAGGUGCAUGGACUGCGGCAAAAGCUUCAGUCACAACAGUGCCCUUUCUCGUCACGAAAGGACCCACACGGGGGAGAAGCCCUUCAGGUGCACGGAUUGUGGAAAGGGCUUCUGUCACGGAGGCAAACUUCGGAUCCACGAAAGAAUCCACACAGGGGAGAAGCCAUUUAAAUGUACGGAGUGCGGAAAGGGCUUCAGCAUGACGGGACACCUUGCGAAUCACGAAAGGAUCCACACGGGGGAGAAGCCCUUUAAGUGCACGGACUGCGGCAAGAGCUUCAAUCAGAACAGCAGCCUAAUGACCCACAAAAGAAUCCACACGGGGGAGAAGCCAUAUCACUGCCUGGAGUGCGGCAAGAGCUUUAGUCACAACAGUGCCCUUACGCGCCACGAAAGGACCCACACUGGCGAGAAACCUUUUGAGUGCCCGAACUGUGGAAAGAGUUUCAGUCAAAACAGCAGCCUAAUGACCCACAAAAGAAUCCACACGGGGGAGAAGCCGUAUCGUUGUCUGGAGUGUGGAAAAAGCUUUAGUCACAACAGUGCCCUUACGCGCCACGAAAGGACCCACACCGGGGAGAAACCUUUUGAGUGCCCGGACUGUGGAAAAAGUUUCAGUCAGAAUAGCAGCCUUAUGACCCACAGAAGAAUCCACACGGGGGAGAAGCCAUAUCAGUGUCCGGAGUGUGGGAAGAGCUUCUGUCAGAGCGGUCAAUAUAUGAUGCACAAAAGGAUCCACACAGGAUAGAAGCCAAAUUCAUGGUGCUCGAAUACAACUUUAUUCAGGUAGUAAAUGUAGGAAACAGAAGAAUCGACCAGAGAAAAGCCGUCUGGAUACUUGGAGUGCAGAAAGAGGAAUUUUGCAUCAAAUAAAAGAUCAAGGGAGAAAUACUGUAUUUUUCAGACUAUAAGACGCACCGGAGUAUUAAGACGUACCAAGAUUUAGAAGAAGAAAACAAGAAAAAAAAAGUUUUUGCCCUUCUCGGCCCCCAGGAGCACUCUGCAGGCCUCCCAAACCUUCUGCGCAUCCCAUUUUUGGUAAAAACAGGCCCAUUUUUGGCCUCCCAAAUCCCCCACGUGUUGUGUUUUUGCCCUCCACAGCCCCCAGGAGCACUCUGCAGGCCUCUCAAAGCCUUUGCGCAUCCUGUUUUUGUGAAAAACAGGCCCGCUUUUGGCCUCCCAAACCUUCUGCGCGUCCCGUUUUUGUGAAAAACAGGGCUGUUUUUGGCAAAAACGGGACGUACAGAGCAGGGUUUUAGGAGGCCAAAAAUGAUUGUAUUUGGUGUAUAAGACGCACCAACAUUUCCACCUUCUUUUGUGGGGGGGAGAAAGUGUGUUUUAUAGUCCAAAAAGUAUGGUAUUUGAAUACGUGAUAGGUAGAGUGAUGUUAUUGCACAUGAGUUGAUCGUUAUGAUUAUACAUGCGUUGGACUGAGGGAAGAGUUAUAAAAGGACUCCAGAUAGUGCUUGACUUACAACUGUUCAUUUAGAGAUUGGUCGGUUACAAUAGCAUUGAAAAAUGGGUUCUCGUACUUAAGAUCCUCGCACUUAAGAUCCUUGCACUUAUGACCAUUGCAACAUCCCCACAGUCAUGUGAUCCAAAUUCGGGCAAUUGGCAACUGGUGUGUAUUUAUGAUGGUUGCACUGUCCCUUUCUUGCAACCAGGUAGCUGCUAACUCUUAGACUUAGAUUUAGAAUAACUCUAUCGUCACUUUGAAUGUACACUGAUCGGCAUACAUUAAUAUGAAAUUUUGUUGCAUACAGCUCAGAGGGUCACCACCUCCAAUAUACACUACAUGAACAUGGUAAAUAAAUAAAUACAAAGUUAUGCAUAUACCCACAGGUAUAUUACAUGACCCAGAGAAACAACACAGUCUAGUUUGGAUGUAUACCUGUACAUGGCGAGAGAAACAAAUCUUACGAGUUUACCAGACGGAUGGCAUAGGGAAC